AUGCUAGAGGAAAUCAGAGUCAAGGUAAUGGAAAUGUUAGCUAACAAUGAAGAAAAGUUGAGGAGCUGGAAUGGUCAUUUCAGUCCACAGUGUUUGAGGUUAUACAAUGACUACAGGGUAGUUGCACAAGGUUGUGUAGUUAUAUUUGAUGGUGAUUAUGGCUAUGAGAUAGCAGAGGGUGAAGAUACACAUACUGUCAACCUUGAUUCCAAAAGAUGCACCUGUAGGCUAUGGGAGUUGAGUGGAAUUCCAUGCCCUCAUGCUAUCAAAGCAUUGACACACAAGAAAGUGGAACCCCUAACGGAAAUUAAUUGGUUUUACAGCAGAGAAGCUUACUUAAGAACAUAUAGGCACAAGUUGUUUCCUGUGAGAGGGCAAAAAUUCUGGAAAAUAGAUCAUUCACAAUAUAUGGAACCACAAAAAAUUAUGAAAUUGGUUGGAAGGCCCAAGGUAAAGAGAAACAGGGAGCCAGAUGAGGCAAGAAAGAGAAAGGGAGAGUGGAGUGCUUCUAGAAAGGGUCUUCCAGUCACAUGCAACAAAUGUGGUGAACUUAACCACAAUGCAAGAAGAUGUUAUAAGGACAACUUCACUGAAAAGGCAUCACAACAGAGGAAAGGGAAAGGUUGCAGUCAAACUCAAAGUCAAAGCUCAUUGUUUGCAUAUGGUCCAGAAGUUGAAAAUGAAGAAGACCCCCUCUUGAGGCCAAUGGUUGUGUCUGAGACACAAACAUGGCUAGAGCCAAGAAAGACAAAUCAUGUUGCACCAGUGGCAAGAGCUAAUACAAGGAAGAUCCAGUUUAGAGGAGAUCACAUUGGUGCUUCAAAUCCAACUAACUUGCCUUAUUCGCCAAUCAAGUGCACAUGGAAGGGAAAAGAGGCAAUGACAUUAAGCCAGCUACAAGAAGAAGGACGAAAGAAAAUAAUCAAAAGUAUGGGAAGCAAAGGGAAGGGAGCACUUGCAUAA